AUGAGCAACGGCCAUGCCAUCACUAGCCCCACCUUCUGCAUGGGAGAUCAACAGGAGGACAGAAGUCACGCCUCAUUGAAGGGCGACAGCGGCUUGGCGGGGCCGGGGCGAGGCGGCCUCCUGCUGGCGCAGAUUCUCCGUGUGGGGAGCAGCCGCAGGAGGCGGCGGCGGCGGCGGGCGGAAUCCCCGCCCCCCGCUCCCAUUUCGGCGCAGCCGCCGCGGGCUGCUCGCCCAGCUCCUGCGGGGCCCCUGCUACAGCAGGGACCCUCCCUUCCCGCCGGUGCAGCCCGGCUCGGCGGGGGCACGGAGAGCCAGCGCUGCUUCGCCAACCGCUUCGGUGGCUACGCGGGCAGCCUGCCGGCCGGGCAGCGCCACGAGGCGGUGGUGCCCUGGGUCGCCUCCACCAUCGAGCGCAUCCUGCGGCAGGUGCCCCCGCUGGAGGGCGGCGGCGGGCUGGCCGGGGUGGCCUACAUGCUGGAGCACGCGGCGCGCUGCCCGCUCCUGGCCCCGGCCCGGGACACCUCCCUGCGGGCGGCCCGGCGCCUCGUCGACGCCUGCGUGCGCUACGAGGAGGAGCGGGGCGAGCCGGAGGCCGACACGCGGGCCGCCUUCCUGCUCGGCGGGGCCGGGGUCUACGCGGUGGCCGCGCUCGUCUACCAAGGCCUGGGGCUGCCCGACUUCGGCCGGCUGCUGGGCCGCUUCCGGGAGCUGAGCCAGGUCUGCGCCCCCGUCGCCUUCCUGGAGCGCGGCUCCGACGAGCUCUUCGUGGGCCGGGCCGGCUACCUGUGCGCCGCCCUGCUGCUCAAGCAGAAGCUGGGCAUGGAGAUGUUGACCCCAGUGCAGAUCAGAUCAAUUUGCCAAGCUAUAUUAGAAUCUGGGAAGCAGUAUGCCAUGAAGAAGAGGAAACCAUGCCCACUCAUGUACUCUUAUUAUGGAACAGAAUAUCUUGGUGCAGCCCAUGGCCUUUCAUCCAUCCUUCAGAUGCUGCUGUCCUAUUACGAAUACCUUCAGCCUGCAGAUCAGGAGCUUGUAUGGCAGAGCAUUGACUUUCUUAUGGACCAAGAACAGAACAGCAACUGGCCGCCUGAACUGGGAGAGACAAUUGAGCGGGAGAAUGAGCUUGUGCACUGGUGUCAUGGAGCUCCAGGUAUUGCAUACCUGUUUGCUAAAACUUAUCUGAUUUCCAAGAAGCCCCAGUAUCUUGACACUUGUAUCCGCUGUGGGGAACUGACAUGGCAGAAGGGCCUGCUGAAGAAGGGACCUGGAAUUUGCCAUGGAGUGGCUGGUAGUGCCUAUGUGUUCCUACUUCUAUAUAGGCUUACUGGAAACUCUAAAUACAUCUAUAGAGCACAAAGGUUUGCAGAGUUCUUAUUUACAGAAGAAUUUAAGGCUGGUUCCCGGGCAUUAGAAAACAUAUAUAGUCUGUACGAAGGCUUCUCGGGGACUGUGUGUUUUCUGAUUGACUUGCUGCAGCCCAACCAAGCCGAGUUCCCUCUCUUCAGUGUCUUUGUCUAGAGAACGAUGUUCUCCAGUGCCACAUUGGAACAGCCAUGUACAGGGCACCUGCUGUUUCACUUAUCUGUAAAGGGAGCCUAUUAACAAAAUAAGCCACAUUCAGUGAUACCACUAAUGCUAGCCUUAAUUGUGCUGGGGGGGUCAGGAAGAAGCCUAAAUAUAUUGGGGUCUGGAGAGGGAGAUAUGAGGUUUAAAAAAAUAAGUUUAAAAAUUAAAGGGGAGAAUGAAGUGGUUUUUCACAAUUGAAGGGAUAGAAAUUCAGUUGUACUAAGGGAAGUAACGUCUUCUGAUUAUUCAAAUGAGAGUGAAAGAGGCAUUAACAAUCUUUAACGUGAUGGUUAUGCAGAAAAACAAAAUGGAAAUCUGAACAGUAGGGACAUGCAAGGGAAAUAAAAUGAUUAAUCCAAUGGGUUUAAAAAGAGACCCAUAAAAUAGGACAUUACACAGCUAUGCUCUUGUAGGUGAAUCAGACAGGUCACUAAAGUGUGAAAAGACAAAAUCUGGGGAUUUCUUAAUAAACAUUUCCUAGUACUAAUACCACCUUUCCUAGAAGUACCUAUAUGUUGGAAUCUUUUCAUUGUCAUGUGCAUAUAAUAGCAGUUAUACAGCUACAUUCUGUCUUUAAUUGCACAUGUACCACAUUACUAUUGCAGUCAGUGGGGUUUCAUGUAUGUAAAUGACAACUGAAUUUGACCAUGAGUUUCAAAACUGUGUGGGGUAAUCCCUAUCACCACCUUACGGUAGUAGUAGUACUCCAUCUUUUUAUCAAUAUCUUCUCUUCCAUGAAGUAGAUCAACAGAAGCCAUGUAGAAGACUUGGAUCACUAAAUUCUGUAGCAAAGGUCUUAGAUAGACAAGGUGGGUGAGGUAAUGUUUUUUAUUGGACCAACUUCAAGUCAGACCUGAAGAAGAGCUCUGUGUAAGCUCAAAAGCUUGUCUCUCUCACCAACAGAAGUUGGUCCAAUAAAAGAUAUUAUCUCAUCCACUUCAUCGCUCUAAUAUCCUGGGGCCAACACGGCUACAACAAAACUGCAGAUAGGCAGGGUAUAGAAGUCAAGUGCUAGUCUCACAGUAUCAGAUACUAGGUAAUAUUGCUUAUUGCCAAUCAUAGAAAAAACUUCCUUUAGUCCAUUAUUUGAACUGUAGCAUAUAUAUGGAGAUUGAAAAAGUGACUGACAAAAUAAUUUCCUGAUUGAAAUGGGGUGAUACACUUUAGAGAUACAAAUUGUAUGAGACCUUUAAUGGAACCCUGAGUACUGGGCUUAGGAGAAAGCUGAUAAAAAGUUUAAAACUAAAACCACUUAUUUCUCUGGUUAACCAAGUAAUGUUGCUAAAGUACCACGCAAGGAUUGUAUGUGCCCAAGUGAUUUGUGGCUAUUGAGAUCUAUGGUCAGUCCAGUAACCUGCACUAGCAUAGAUAAGUAGGUAGAUUUGAAACCUAAACAAAAUGCAAAUGUAGAUUUGUUAAAAUACUGUAGCAGCAAAUUCCUGUAUUUACAAUUUAUCAGACUAAUAUAUUUCUUUAUACUGUAAUACAAUUGAAUUUAAGGGGAGAGUGGGAAGGCUGAUAGGUCAAAAAUUACACCCAAUGGCUUCACGUGAACAAGCUGACACUUGCAUAACCCUAUCCCAGUACUCUGCUGAUCUGCCAUUCCCCUUGUGUGUUUAGCUGGAAAAGAUUCAGCUUUUCUUAGGGCCUGAUCCUUUAAGGAUUCACAUUGACUUCUAUGGCUUUAGAUCAGGCUAUAGAAUGGAGUCAGACCCUGCAGCCCUUAUAUAUGUUGUUGUUCCUUACUCACUGCCACAAGCCCCUUUCACAUGAAUUGAUUUAAUGGGAUGACUUGGAUGAGUAAGGGCUAAAGAAUCAGACCCCUGCUGUAUGGUGGUUUGGUACAGUGUUAUGUAGUUAUUUCACCCCAGAAGUAGCUGCAUUUUGAGUAAUGCAUUUCAGUGGUGGAUAAAGCAAUCUAUUUUUUUUUUAUCAGUUUGUCAAGCACGUUGGGAUCCUUGGAGGAAAGAGAAUGUCAGAAUGCAAAGUGUAUCAUUAGUUGCUUCAUUCUUGUGUGCAGAGGCAAUAUAUCUCACAUGUAUGUGUACCUAUUGUGCUGAAACCUGAAGUCAGUCGGAGAACAAGGAUAAGUAAUAUGAGUGGGAUUUGUCCCAUGGUGUUCAGAUGUGUGCCCAAGAUUAGAGGUCACCCCAGCAUCCCAGAUCUGUUGCUGGUCAAUCGCCCAUCUGAGAAGUUGGGACCUUUUUCUAGGUUGCACCCUGUGGUUGGGAUGGCUAACAGAUUUUUCAGAAUUUGGACCUUUUUAAAUGUGUUUAGGAAAGAUGAAAUUUUUGACCUGUCAGUUUUAUCCUUGUAAUCUGAUAUUUAGGGCCCUACCACAUUCAUGGUCCAUUUUGGUCAAUUUCACGGUCAUAGGAUUUUAAAAAUCAUAAAUUGCAUGAUUUCAGCUAUUUAAAUCUGAAAUUCCACUGUGUUGUAAUUGUAGGGAUACAGACCCAAAAAGGAGUUGUGGAGGUCACAAGGUUAUUGUAGGGGGAUUGUGGUACUGCUGCCCUUACUUCUGCUAUGCUGCUGGUGGUGGCGCUGCCUUUAGAGCUGGGCAGCUGAAGAGCAGUGGCUACUGGCCCGGAGCCCAGCUCUGAAGGCAGCGCCGCCACCAGCAGCAACGCAGAAGUGAGGAUGGCAUGGUACUGUCACCCUUACUUCUGCACUGCUGGCUGCAGAGCUGGGCCCUCAAUCAGCAGCCGGCACUCUCCAGCCGCCCAGCUCUGAAGGUGGCACAGAAGUAAGGUUGGCAAUACCACAGCCCCACUAAAAUAAACUUGCAAGCCUCCCCCCCCCCGUGACUCCCUUUUGGGUCAGUACCCCCAAUUUGAGAAACGCUGGUCUCCCCCCCGCCCCCAUGUGAAAUCUGUAUAAUACAGGGUAAAAGCACACAAAAGACCAGAUUUCAUGUUUCGUGAUGCGUUUUUCAUGACCUUGAAUUUGGUAGGGCCCUACUGAUGAUAUUUAAUUCUAAAUGUAUAUUGUACAUAGUAUUCACGCAGUUAAAAUAUAAAAAAGUCACAAUACCCAUGUUGCAGUAUUUAGAAAGCUGCUCUAAUUGGUUUUUAUUCUAUUGUGAAAAACAAUCCUGGAAAUAUUUUUUUCUUAAAUUAAAACAGAGAACUGGAUUCUGCUAUCUGGACUCAGGGCUGUUUUAAUCCUGCAGUUAUUACCUGCAUCCGUAUUUACAGAUGCAGACUGAAAAAGCAAUGUUUUUGAUAUAUACAACCUAAGAAGCACAAUGCACCCAAUUCAGUCAAAAGCAAAAGACCUAGAACUUAAAAUCUAUUUAUAUAGCAGCACAGUAAUCUCACAUUUUACUUUUUUCUUCAUUAUUUCUGGCACCAUAAAACCUAAUUAUAACCAACUAGCUAUGUCUCAGGAGUUUUCACUGCAGAUGGAGUUCUGUUUCGAAACCCCAAACAAAUCUAGAAUAUGGGAAUAAAUACAAAAAUUCAGAUCCUAAACAAAAAGUAUGUUGAUAUUGUUACAUACAAGACUCUUAAGUUUUCAGAUAGGAACACAGUGACAAUGUUUCAAAUAUUUGGAAAAAAGUAAAAAUAUUCUAUAAAGGCAAUGGAUUAGAUAACUCUUAUUUUGCUAUUCUAUUAUGUUUAAUUUCCAAUAGGUAUAGUUUUAUUGAUCUUUUUAACUUGUUCCUUAUAAGUGUUAAGUGUUCAUCAUCUGUUCUCUGGUGACUUUCUGUCUCUAUCCUUUUGCAGAGCUCAUUCUUUCUUAUUUACGUUCAGUAAAUUUACUAUAUAUUCUAUAAGCAACCGAAAACAAGUUUCUAGUCUUUUCUUGUAACCCUUGCUAGUGAAGGUAAUCUUUAGCCAUCUGGGACUAAUUGUGAGAGUAGCAACUACUUGUGUAAGGGUUGCAUGGUGUUUAAUAUCCAUUCUGCUAUAAGAAAAUAGAUUUAACCACCCUCUGUUUUCAAAAGCCUCAGGCCCAACCUGUCCUCUUGAAAUCAAAAGGAGUUUUGCCGUUGACUUCAGUAUGAGCAGGGUGAGAAUUCUCGUUUAUUGCAGCAUUUAUAAAGUACAAAUAAAAAAUUAUAUUGCAGUCUUUUGGACCUUAAUAGUUUAUCAUUUUUAUCCUGUAAUACCUUUUAAGAAAACCGCCUUAUGCUGCCUUAACAGUGAAGUCCCCAUGCUUCUUAAAAAUAUAUAUAUAUACUGGAAGAACAAUUCAAUUUCGUUCUUAAUAAAAUGCCUGUGGUGCAGUUGCAUUAAUUUAGACUUGACUCUGCCUCAAGGAUUGAAAAAACUCACAUAUUUUCAAUGUUUCUUUAGUAGCAAAACAAUUCGUGAAUGGAUAGUAAUAAUGUACAGUUAGAUAUGUAGGGUGGAAUUUCAAAAGUGUAUAAAGGAGUUAGACACCUCAUUUCCUCUGGGAGUUGGGUACCUAACUCACUUGCAUCCGAUGAAGUGAGCUGUAGCUCACAAAAGCUUAUGCUCAAAAUUUGUUAGUCUCUAAGGUGCCACAAGUACUCCUUUUCUUUUUGCUAACUCACUUAGGCACUUCUGAAAAUGCCAGCCAUAAUGUAAAUCUGGAUUUUCACCUUUCUUCCUCUUAACUCACAUCCACUUGCAAAUUCCCCUCAUACUUACCCUGUUGCAAACUUUACUGUAGCUUUUAAAAGGUAGGCAAGUAAACAACUUGUCUGCAGAUGUCAGUGCUUCUGUGAAUGAGAUGCAACAAAGUGAUAAGCUUUUCUAUGUUCCAUCCUUACUGCCUUCAGAGACUAAUUGCAUCACCCCCAGGCUGAGACAAAACAUCUAGCAGAAGUUACCUUUUCCUGCUCCAGAACCAGAAUCUCACAAUUUGAAAGCUCAUAAUCCUGUGCAGAUUCUGCCACCCUGCUGUGAUAAUAGUAUAUGUUAGGAGAACCUCACCCACGUACCAAAAGUAGAACACGAAAUGGCAGAAUAUCUUUUACACAUUAAAGUAAAAUCUCUUAAUGUGUUUGGUUGCUGAAGUAUAGGCCAUAGGAAUUUCAGUGGUAUAAAAGUGUUUCUGGUUAUGCUUUUUUAAAGCAAAGGGGUUACACUUUGCCAUACAUUGUGUGUAUUGUUGCUUAUUUAUGGUGCGUGUGUAUCCUGUUGUGUAAAGUGGUAAAAUAGAUAUUAGCCUACGGCGCUAUAUACUAUUUAUGAUUGUUGGCAAAUCAUCUGCAAAUUGUUACUGUUGAAUAAUUUAUUUUAUUUGGUGAUAGAACUAGAUCUGAAAUAUUGAGGGUCAGUGAUUUUUAGGAUUCAUAGAGCCAGGUACAAUUUGUAAUUUUCAGCAACAGAAAUGUGAGUUCUAACAGAUACUUACUGGUUUUUUUCUAGCACUCAAGCUUUCAGCAUCAGGAAUAUACUUAUUUUAUGCCAUUGUUUUAAAUCUCAGCUUUGUCUACACGGGUUUUUUUUCUUUUUUUUCCCCCUCCACCCAUGUUAUGAAUCACUUCAGAAGGCUAGAUUAGCAGCCCAACUCCUUUGUUUUUGAAAACAAAGCACACUUCUGUCUAUUUUAAUGUGAAAGGAGGUUGUCCACAUAUUAGUAUUACAUUACUUUCUCACUCCCUGCUGGCCUCCGCUCAUUGGCUCUGCCACUUCCCUGAUGCUAAAUAUAAUCAUUGGACUAUAUAUUGAUUGUCACUGACUUUUCAAAUCCGUGAAUAUAACAAAAAAUGAAUUUGUAGAAAAUAUUUCCAGUUCUACUGUAACUCAUUUCUACUAAGAGAGUCACAAGAAGGUGGGUAAAAUGAACUAAUGUUCUAAAAUAUUCACUUAAACUAUCCUUGGAAAUAUGAACAAAGACACUGGUUACCCUUAAAGACUUUUCAGUUACCUUUGUAAAUAAGUACUGUCACUUUCGUAUUCCUGAUACUAAAUAUAUAGAAAUGCCAUGGAUAACAUGAGAACAUUGAUUAUUUUUAAAGGUCACAUUGUUAAGUUUUAAGUGGGAUCACUGUAGGUGUGUGCAAAAUAUAGAGUUGCAGGUGCAAAUGGGAUAAUUCUUCAGGCAAAGACCCAUUUGUACAUGUAGAUACAGGGUUUGCAAACAUCAUUGCAUGUUUCAUGCAUGUAGUUAUCUGUUUUGACCCAUGCGUGCAUCACUGAGAGUACAUCUUAAUUGUCCAUUUUUUAAAAUUAGAUCAGUAACGUUUAUGGACAAAACAUCUCUCUGAGAUCUAUAAAGCAGAUAUCAACUCUGAUGGUCAACUCUACCUACCUGUCCUGAACGUCUGUUGACACAAUAUCAAUGGUGGUUCUCUGAUAUUGUGAUCUUCGUAUAGGAGGAGAUGAGAAUUGCUGUACAGAUUUAAGAGAUGAAUCUUGCUGUCAAGAACCACAUGGAUGAACAACCAUUGGCUAACACCACUGGUUUACACUGCUGUGAGAAGAAAUUUGAGUUUGUAUUUAAAUGUUCUGGAUUGAGUAGUAAGUAGCAUUAAGGCUAAACUGAAAAGAAAUGAGCAAAUGUCCAAAAAACACAUUACGAAGGGAACGACCUACUACAAAGCCAUAAGCCAGAAAAACUCAGGGCCCACAAAACAAUACUGCAUUUUUGGGAUGUGAAUAGGCAUUUUACAAGAAAAUAGCACAGAGUUUGCUUCAUUGCACAAAUAUUGUACAGUAUGUGCUGUACUUAACAGAUUUCUCCUGCCUUGAAUCAAUGCCAAUUAUAGCAAAGUCAUCACAGGCAUACUCAUUGAAAAAAUUCUGUCCAUAUAGGAAUUGUCUGUAAUGAUAUCUACUGCUGUCCAUUCAUACAGAUUAAUUUAAUAAAUGGAAUUGUGAAGAAAUGCUCAAUAUGUGUGAAUAUUCCAAAAAAGGGAUUGAAGUACACAAACUUUUUGAACUAAUAAAAUUCCUGCCUAAUUUAUAUCCAAUGGUUAUCGUAAUUACUAGUUCUGUAUUCUCUUUGUAACAUUGCCAGUCAUGAUCUGAGAAAUCAAUACAUCAGUAAGAGAUGGAUUUAUCAUAAGUGAUGAAAGGCUCUAGUACCUUACUAACAAAUAUAUAGAGCCCACUGAUGUUUUUCAUGUGCUGAUUCAAAGAGAAAGCUAAGGCAAUUAGGUUCAAAUACAGCAAUACAAAUAAUAUGGCAGAAAAGUACUUUUAAUUAAAACAUAUUUUGCAUAGCAAUGUGUUGAUAGUUGUAUAAAAGAUAUUUUAUAAUACGAUAUUCCUAAACAAUGUUGCAUAACAUGUACCAGAAAACAUUUUAUAUAGAAAUCCUGGGGUCAAUUGUAUACUAUAUAUAGGAAGAUGGGAAAUCUUAAAUAUUUCUUUUUCAUAUCAGGCAAGAGUACUAUAUGAACUAAAAUUAAGUUGUGCUUUAGUCUUCAUUACCAUUUAAAUAUGUCUGUUAGAGGGAAAGGUUUGCACUAACAAUGGGCCUGAUUUUUCUACGGUGUUUAACUUUGUGUAGUCAUUUAGGGCCUCAUCCAACUCAUUGAAAUCAAUGAUAAGACUCCUGUUGAUGUCAGUGGUGCAGAAUAAGGUCAUUACAUCUAUGUGAAGUAGGUGUGACACUACCAUUCUGGGCCCCAAGCCUGCAAACCCUUAUGCAUACAUUUUAAGUUUAUUCACGAAUUGAACAUUGACAUCAAGACUCACCGAAGUCAAGAACAUUCACAUAAAAACAAUUAAGCACAUGCAUAUUUGCAUGAUCAAGGCCCAGUUUGAUAGCAUUUUACACCUGCUUUGGCCCAAUUUAUCUAAAAACAUACGUACGUGAAUACCAGCAAGUGUACCAGGGAAAGUAGAUUGCAUUGCUAACAUAAAUAUUAUUUCAUAUUGAGUUAUCGUUUGCUAUAUUCCAUACACUGAUCAUUUGCUAUAUUCAAGCAUAUGAUACACGGUAUUCAUUUCUUGUAUAAUAAGCAAGUGCUGUAUCCUAGCUUCAUUUUUUGUCUGUGAUACCCGCACACAGCCAUAGUGUGGUGUAGUUCUUUAGAACUCAGAUUGAUUUUACCCUUGUAGACGUUCACCUUGUUGGUUUAAAACACCCGGAUGUUAUAAUGUUGGAAACACUGUGAUCUUUCAAGAUGUGUUUAUUGUAUUAGUUUUGCAUUGUAGAUAAUACAUACACUAAUAAAAGCUAGAGUUAUAGUAUUUUAAAGCAGUGUUAAUAAUAUUGGCUUAGCAGUGAUAGAGAAAAUCUAUGUAUACCCACAUUGUUAAUAUAAAAGCUAUGAUUAUCUUUUGCCUUACAAUAAAAGCCUCAUUUUAAAUGUUA